CGUAUUAGCUGCUGAAAAUUUGCCUCGCCUGCACUUUUUGGUUCCGGUGCACAGAGAUUGUACAUGCUUGGCCAUGUAUAGCUUUGUGGGCCGAAAAGGCCUAUGCCUCUGGCUUUUGCUGUUUGUGGUGCUGCUAGCCCUUUGUCAGGCACAGGACGAUGUCUCAAGUUCAUCCUCGUCUUCGAGCUCUAAGGAGGAUGGGUAUCCGAAGCGACUUCCAUGCAAGGACAACAAUCAGAGAAUCUCUCUCCAUGGUGAAACCUACUUUAUGGACAAAUGUUCGGAAUGCACAUGCAACAAUUCCACACUUAGUUGCCGGUUUGUGUCCUGUCAGCCCCCGACCUGUGCCAAUCCACUAGAAUUUGAAGACGUAUGCUGUGCAGCCUGCCCUUAUAAUAUAACGGUGACAGAUGUGGAACCGCAGGUGGCAUCUGGCACCUCUAUUGAGGAGGGAAUCGAGAAUGAGAUUGGCCUUGACCUGAACGUGAUGUAUCUCAACACAAGAGAAACCACCAGCAUAGCUGGCGAAGGCUUGUGGACGACCAAGCUUUGGAUGAGUACCUACGCAGAUGGGUCCAAUGAACUCUCCGGCACGGUAGUGGAGGAGGCACUGACGGAAGGGCAACAGUCUCAGGACUUGAAGAAGUCCCCAGAUGAGCUCUUCACCAUCCGUGGCAUACGCUACAGGUUUGACCUGACCGAUCACACCUGCAAAGAGGCCAAAUAUAUCUGUGCCAAGUUCAACAAAGGCCCAAGCCCAGCAGUGGAAAAAGACUAUUUAGAGUACUAUUUCUUAGCUGUUCCCACGGAGGAAGUUUUGACCGGCUGCACUGAAAUGACCGACUGCAGAGGUCCAGCAAAUGUGAUUGUACAGAAUGUCGAGCCAGUUAUGGAAAGCGGCUCUGUAAUUCGAGAGAAUGCAGUAGAAAGCAUCUUUUUGGAUCUGAACGUGAAUUAUGCGGACACGGAAGAAACCACAGACGUCUCCGGCCAGGGCUUGUGGACAGCUAGGAUGUGGAUGAGCAGUGACGAGAAUGGGGCCAGUGUUGUCGAGGGCACCAAUGUGGAAAAUGUCUUGACCGAGGGGCAGCAGUCUCAAAACCUGGACAAAGAUCCCAGUGAGCUCCUCACCUUCAACAGAAUCCGGUAUGCCGUGGACCUCACCGGCCGCACCUGCAGUGAGGCCAGGUACCUCUGUGCCAGAUUUGACAAGGGUCCUGCACCUCAGUUGUCUCAGCAAUACACCGAACUGAGGUUAAGGGGUGAUCCUGGGGAACCUGCCCUGACUGGCUGUACCGAGAUUGAGCAGUGUGAAGGUGUAAAGGUAACCGACCUGGAAUGGACUCCAAACAUUGGCAACAUGCAGUACGGAGUCCCUACCCCCAUGACCAUUGAUGCCUCUGUGUCCACUGCUGCUGACAGCCGGGAACUGUCUGGGUCCGGUCUGUGGAGAAUGGACCUGUUUGGCAGCAGCAACAUGGACGGCACCGGCCCAAGAAAGCUAGUCAAGACACAGAUCCUGGAUCAGGGGGGCCAGGCCACACCUCUUAGCAGCCCCGGCAAUCCCAUUCAGUUCUCAGACGUGAGCACGAGCUUCCCAAUCGAGGAGGUCGGCUGUCCCAACUUGCCGUAUCUCUGUCUGGAGUUCAAGAGGGGGGACAGUCCCAAUCCGGAUUACAAAUUUGGCACGGCAGAUGGUGGGGAUUCUCUCAUUAAGUGCAGAGAGGAAAAAUGCAGAGGUGUUUACGUGUCUGGUGUUGAUUCGACUCUUCGCAGUGGUGGUCUUGUUGAGGGCGAGCAAAACAAUGACAUCACCUUUGACACCGUCGUCCAGACAACAGACGAGAGCCGGCCGGUGGUUGGCAGUGACCUCUGGAGGCUGAACCUGUACGGCAACGAGCAGAGCGACGGCCUCGGUCCUCGCUACAAUGAGCAGGAGCAGGUGCUCAGCAGAUCCCUCAGUGGGCGCCCGCUGAGGGUCCCUGGAAAUCCCCUAUCCUUCCAGCCCAUACAGGCCAAGUACGACAUGACCGAUGUGGACUGCCAGAAGGUCAAGUUCCUGUGUACAGAGUUUAGCCGCAGUCCCUCAGCCUCUGUCUCCUUCGAGGUGACCCCUGUCCCGAAUGACCCCAGCGUGUUGCGGGACUGCAUGGAGGUACCGGAGGAUUUCUGCCAGGGUGUUCUGGCUGAGAGGUUUGACUGGGAUUACGACCCUGGCAGUCCUAUACCUGGCCGACAAACACCGGUCAGUUUCAAUGGGGAAUUGAUCACCAGUCCAAGGAGCCGAGACCUGUCUGGCUCAGGACUAUGGAAGAUGGGCAUGUACGGGAGCAGGAGCCCCGAUGGCGAUCCCUCGGACCGCUUUGGCUACGUCAGCCAGGCCCUCAACCCGGCCGGGGCAGGCACCACACUCAUGGGUGGCACCCCAAUGGCCAUCCGAGACCAGCAGGUGGACUUCGACAUUGGCUCCAUCGGCUGCAAUGAGUAUGGCUACGUCUGUGCCGAGUUCACCAAGGGGGACAGUCCCAACCCCGACUACAAGUUUAAGGUUGUUGGCCGCUCUGAUGUGCCAUCUACAAAUGUUCUAACAUCUUGCAAGAAACAGGAGUGUUCAGCACGUGCUGUGUUCACUGGACUGGAGUCCUCCAUCGCGGAUGAUAGCUAUGUGGUUGAGGGCAGGACAGACAACAACCUCGCCAUGGAUAUCACCGGAAUCACGGGCGAGGGAUCAACCGAAGUGGGCGGCACCAAUCUCUGGAAGGUGGGCCUCUACGGCAGCGCUAACCCUGAUGGUCGUGGCCGCAAGCUUGCUUACCAGGAGCAGGUCCUGAGCCAGCCCCAGAGGGAUCAGACCCUAGAGAUGGACGCGGACCUUCCCUUCCCCAACACCCAGGUUAACUUCAACAUGGAUGGCCUGCAGUGCGAGGACGUCAAGUACCUGUGCACUGAACUGCGGAAAGACCCGGAUGCCAGACCCAAUUACAACUUUGAAGCCGUGCCCAACGAGAGGGCCCUGGUCUCCUGUACCGAGCUUGGAGACAAAUGCAAAGGUGUGACUGUCACCGACAUGGAUUGGUCCUAUGAGCCUGGUCAGAUGCAGAUGGGAAUGCCAACCCCUCUUGCCAUUGAUGCCAAUGUCCAGACAACACCAGAGAGCCGUGAGCUGGAGGGCACGGGGCUGUGGAAGAUGAACCUAUUUGCUAGUCGAAAUCCGGACGGCUCGGGCCAGAGGCAGUCGGAGCGUUCGCAGAUUCUCGAUGGCUUUGGGCAGGCAACCCCUUCACCGGCAGGUGGGCCGAUUCAGUUCAAUGACGUCAACACGAUGUUCCCCAUGGAAGAUCUGGGCUGUGGGGAGUACGGGUACCUUUGCCUGGAGUUCGAGAAAGGAAUUUACGCCAACCCCAGUUACAAGUUUGAAACAGCCGGCCCCGGGGAUACCCUCAUCAACUGCAAGUCUGCUGAUUGUGGAGGUGUGUACGUAUCUGGUGUGGACUCCACUCUCCGCAAUGCAGAAUUGUACGAGGGAAAGCCAAACAACCUCGUCCAGUUCGAUACCGUUGUGCAGACCACUGAUCAAAGUGUACCAAUGUUCGGACGCAACAUGUGGCGCCUGAAUCUGUAUGGCAGCGAACGGCCCAAUGGACAGGGUGAGCGCCUCAACCCACAAGAGCAAGUCCUGUCGGAUUACUUCAGCAGCCGCGAGCUGGCCACACCAGGAGAUGCCCUGAACUUCCAGCCCAUCAACGCCGAGUAUGACAUGACGAACGUCGACUGCAAGAGACUGAAGUACCUGUGCACCGAGUUUAGUCGCAACCCCAGCUCCUCACGGAACUUUGAGCUCACCCCCGUCCCCAACGAGAGAGUACUCAGAGACUGUAUGGAGGUGCCUGAUGAAAUGUGCAAUGGUGUGAUCAUUGAGGAUAUGGACUGGACCAUGGAGGAACCCACCAGCAAAGUCACCCCUGGCACCCCCACACCGAUAAGGCUGAACGUGGGCGUGGAGUCUAGACCUUCAGCUGGCAGUGCCAGUGGGGACGGCCUGUGGCGAGUGGGCAUCUUCGGCUCCACCCGGCCCGACGGCAAGGGCAAGCAGAUUGGACUCACGCAGCAGAUCCUGACCCGUGACCAGUCAAGCCGUGACCUGACGGCUGGCCAGCCCCUCGACUUUGUUGGGGUGGAUACUGAGUUUGACCUGUCGGCCAUCGGCUGCGAGUCCGAGUUCCAGUACCUGUGCGUGGAGUUUGCCAAGGGUCGGCGGGCCCAACCAGACUUUAAGUUCCAGACUGCCGGCGGGGAUGAUGUCAUCGUCAAAUGCAAGGAUGAAGAGUGUCGUAAAGGAGUUAAAGUGCGUGGCCUCGAAAUCUCUGACAGCUAUCUGACGACCUUGAAAGAGAACACCCCAUCCAAUCGUGUCAUCUACGAUGUCACUGCCUUGACCACUCCGGACAGUGGAGGGGCCAUGGGAGACAACCUGUGGGAGAUGUCGCUGUACGGCAGCAGCAACGUGAACGGCGUGGGCCCGCGCCUCAACGAGGAGCGGCAGGUCUUCAGCCCCUACCAGCAGGACAAGGAGGUGACGCCAGGGGAGGACAUCCCAUUCCAGAUGGUGGAUGCCAACUUCAACAUGAGGGGGCUGACGUGCAAGGAGGUCCCUUACCUGUGCUCGGAGCUGAGGAAGAACCCAAGGGCGUAUCCAGAUUUCCAGUUCACACCCGUCCCCGACAGAAGUGUUUUGAGGAAAUGCUUCCGCACCAAAUGUGAUGGCGUCACGAUUGACACUACCACCUUGGCUGGAAGUGACUUCACCAUUGACGACCAAACAAACGAGAUCAAGUUUGACGUGUCGGUGACCUCUAACCCCAACAGCGGCGAUGCCACGGGCCGAAACCUGUGGCAGCUGGAGUCAUACGUCUCCAACGACCCCGAGGGAAGUGGACGACGCCGGAUCCUGGAGAGGCAGACCCUUACCCCCGAGAUGGCCAGCCGUGACCUGAGGUCUGGCUCCCGGCUGACCUUCAACAACCUGGCGGCCCGCAUCAACAAGGACGACGUUCCUUGUGAAGAGGGAGGCGGGUAUUUGUGUGUGGAGAUCCAGAAGGCUCGAUACUCCUCGUUGGACUUCACUCUUGAUGGAGCUCGAGAGGACUCCCUUAGGAGGUGUAAAAAGCUGAAGUGUGCAAAAGCUGAAAUAGUCAAGGGACCAAAAGGAGCAAAAGGGUACCCAGGAGAAUCGGCUCAACCACCUAUUGCUGGCCCGUACCCUCCUGGGCUUCCAGGAAGAGCAGGCCCUCCAGGAUACAAAGGACCAACAGGUUACCCAGGACUCAUGGGAGCACCAGGAUUUAAGGGCCCAGAUGGAGAUUACGGACCAAACGGCUACCCUGGCCCACCCGGCGUACCAGGCCCUCCUGGUCCCCCUGGAGAGGCAAUUGCCCCAGCCAACAUCGGAUCCAUCUCUGGGAAAAAGACUGGCUAUGGUUACGGUUAUGGAUCUGGCCCUCAGCAGGUUGUACAGGGUCCUCCUGGGCCCCCGGGCCUCCCCGGUGCCUCAGGUGCAAGGGGACCUAUUGGACUGCAGGGAAUCAGCGGUGAAUCAGGCCCACUUGGUCGACCCGGACCUUCUGGACCUGCAGGACUGAGAGGAGCUGACGGGGAAAAUGGCAGAGAUGGAAGUAAUGGAAACACUGGUUCUGUUGGUGCUGCUGGUCCAGUGGGAGCCCAGGGUCCCCAGGGAAUGCCCGGAAAUCCAGGACAGCAGGGACACAAAGGUUGGCGGGGUGCUCGCGGCCGCAAGGGUGCACGCGGUGAUACCGGUGACAUCGGCGACAGCGGAGCGUCUGGAGCAGUUGGACCUGCUGGAGCUCCAGGACAGAGAGGUGACCGUGGUGCACAGGGAGAGAGAGGGGAGCGUGGAGGCAGAGGCGUGGCUGGUGUGAGGGGCCAAGACGGAAGUGAUGGCGAUAUUGGCAGUGCUGGCCCAAUGGGUGCUCCUGGAUCCAUGGGUGCAAUGGGUAUGGCUGGUGCUAAGGGAGAUGCAGGACUUCAGGGUGAUCAGGGCAUCCAAGGCAUCCAAGGUCAGCGUGGUGAGAGUGGAUCUGAUGGUGCCCCUGGAGCAGCCGGUGCCUCUGGAAAUGAUGGAACGGAUGGAGCAGCCGGACAAAUUGGUGAUGUGGGUGGUACAGGGCCCUCUGGCCCAGUGGGUGCCCCAGGAGCAAGAGGAUCUGCUGGUACCCGCGGGGCCACUGGACCCGGCGGUGAGCCCGGUGGCCAAGGCUACCCUGGACUGGCUGGAGCUCGUGGUGCUGACGGCUCUCGUGGUGUGACGGGACCUGCUGGUGCUGUUGGGGAGCCUGGUGCUGAUGGGUCCGAGGGCGCUACGGGUCCAGAUGGACCGGCUGGAGGAACUGGCCCAAGAGGGCCAGUGGGAGCCCGAGGAAGUAUUGGCUCACAAGGUCCUGUAGGUGCUGUUGGUGCUCCUGGCUUGAGGGGUGAUGUUGGACCGCAAGGCGCUACUGGAGCUCCCGGAGACAAUGGAGACGGGGGUCAGGCUGGAAGUACAGGAGAUGCCGGAGCCCCCGGUGCCCAGGGCCGACCCGGAAGCUCUGGACGAGAUGGCAACACGGGAAAGCCAGGACCACCUGGUUCAUCUGGCAAUGAUGGACAGCCUGGACCACCUGGGCCGAAUGGUCCUCAGGGGGCGAGAGGCAACAUUGGCCUAACUGGAGCCCAAGGAGCAGAUGGUGAAGAAGGAAGGACCGGAAACCCUGGCUCAGUUGGACCAAGAGGAGCGAGUGGUACCCCUGGAGACAUUGGACCUCAGGGCCCAGCUGGACCUGCUGGAGCUCAGGGUGCGCGUGGAGAUGCCGGACCACAGGGAGCUAUCGGACCUGGAGGAACCAACGGUGGAGUUGGAGCACCAGGGCCACGUGGAGCCCAGGGUAAACGCGGUGCUGCCGGUGUAGCUGGACCCCCAGGACAGGGUGGACCUCAGGGAAUGGCUGGUGACCGUGGUGCUCAAGGACCAAUGGGCUUGGCUGGAGCUACAGGACCAGACGGUGAUGCUGGGGCUGAUGGACGUGAUGGACGUGACGGAGAACCGGGUGACAAGGGAGCUGCUGGGGAUGUAGGACGCAUUGGAAUCCCAGGCCUCCCCGGUGCUCCAGGAGACCGAGGUGGGGCUGGAGCUAUUGGAAAUGCUGGAGCACCUGGUGCAAAAGGAGCAACAGGCAAGCGUGGAGAUGCAGGAAAUCAAGGGCAGAGAGGAAGUCUUGGCCCUCCCGGUCCAGCGGGAUCUCCCGGACUGCGUGGUGAAGCGGGAGGUACUGGAAGAUCUGGCAGAACUGGCCCUCCUGGAUCCAAAGGAAAUCCCGGUGAGAGAGGCAGAGCAGGCGAUCGUGGAGCCCAAGGCAUCCCAGGAGGACAGGGACCACAAGGAGCAGAAGGAGCUCGUGGAGAGAAGGGACCCAAAGGAAAUCCUGGUGAUCCGGGAGUCCAGGGAUCAGUGGGUGGACCAGGCCGUACUGGCGCUCCGGGAGCCACCGGAGCCCAGGGAGCACGCGGGGAACCAGGCGAAUCGGGAUCAGUGGGCAUCGGUGGAAAUUCUGGACCAGUGGGACUUCCUGGACCCAGUGGUGCACCCGGAUCACGAGGAGAGGUUGGACCGCCUGGACCAAGUGGCAAACCAGGUGCACCUGGUCAACGUGGUGAGACUGGUUCUUCAGGCCCAGCAGGUAUCCGUGGUGCUGCAGGACCCCAAGGACCUUCGGGUGCACGCGGCGAUGACGGCAGGAAUGGAGCUGACGGAGCUCCUGGCCCUGCUGGACCACCAGGCCCUGCUGGUGUAAUCGGACAAAUUGGUGGCAUGGGAGCAAUGGGAGCCCCAGGACCAACUGGCCCUGCUGGACGCCCUGGUGCUGAUGGAGCCCCAGGUAAACGUGGCUCUCCAGGAUCAGACGGUGCUCCUGGAUCCUCAGGAGUCCAGGGUCUCAAGGGACCACGCGGACCCACCGGAUCUGACGGCAGAGACGGUUCCGAUGGAGCAACGGGUGCCAAGGGAGGAAAAGGACCUCAAGGUGACAAGGGACCUCAAGGACCCCAGGGACCUGCUGGAAGUGCCGGAAUGCCUGGCCGACAAGGACCAAGUGGCGGUCCAGGUGAGCGUGGAGCUCGUGGACCCGCUGGACCCGCUGGAUCAAGAGGCAGCCAGGGACCUGACGGUGACAUGGGACCGGCAGGGCCAGCUGGAGCAGCUGGAGCCAGGGGAGAGACUGGCGCCACAGGAGUCCAGGGACAUAAGGGAUGGGGUGGACCUCCAGGCAGACCAGGUGCCGCUGGGCCUAAAGGCUCCACUGGUGCCCGUGGUGAGAAUGGACGACCUGGCCCAGCUGGACCUUCAGGUAUUGAUGGUGCUCGCGGCAGGAACGGUAAGGACGGUGUGCAAGGUCCCCGCGGUAUGACUGGGCCAGGGGGCCAACGUGGUCCCUCUGGAAGGUCUGGACCAGCAGGACCCCCAGGACCCCCAGGACCUGCCGGAGCACCAGGAGCUCUCAGCUACUCAGGGUAUGCCUAUUCUGGCACGUAUGCCACUGCCCAGGUCGACAAGGGACCCAACCCAUACGCUACUUACUAUGGAGAUGAUGCCACCAUUGACGAGGAUGACUACGAGGCCCGCAUCAUCCAGCUGAGAAAUCGCAUUGAGAGGCUGUUGCUACCCAACGGUGAGCCAGAGUAUCCAGCCCGCUCCUGCAAGGAUCUCUUCAGGUGCCACCCCAUACUUCCAAGUGGCUACUACACCCUGGAUCCCAGCAGAGGCUCCGACUAUGAUAAGUUUGUGGCCUACUGCGACAAGAAGACCAAUGGCACCUGUAUCUUCCCUGAUGAGACGAAGAUCCCCAAGGCCACCUACUAUCUUGGCGACACAGAGGAACCAGUUGACUUCUCCAGCAUGAGGAAUGGCUCCAUUAUCAGCUACAGCGUCAAGCCUGUCCAGCUGACCCUCCUGCGACUCAUGUACUCCCAGGCCAAGCAGAACCUCACCUAUCACUGCAGGAAUUCCCACGCCGUGGCCAACAAAGCCGGUAGCGUGGUCAAAGCUCUGACCCUAGUGGGACCCAAUGACGUGCGCAUGAACAUCAAGAACACCCGGAAAGACUUGCAGUAUGAAGUGGAAGGAGAAGACGGGUGCACGAUGCACGACAACACCUGGGGCAAGACCACCGUCUCCUUCACCACGAAGAAAACCGAACGUCUACCCUUGGUUGACUUUGCCGUGUUGGAUGUGGGCAGAGCCAAGCAACAAUUCGGGGUGGCAAUCGGCCCUGUCUGCUUCUCAUAGAGGCAGACAAUUUCUCAGCAGUUGUGUCAUGGCAGUCAUUUCUGAUGGGGUGGGGAGAUACAAACUAAACAAACACACAGAAAGACAGAGAAAACUCUUUGUGUAGCUUUGCUACAUGCACACACUCAGGGGAAUCAGGCCUUCCUGCUCAUGCAAGGUAGGCCGGGUGAACGUUGCACAUUUUCACAGUGAACUGAGCUUCAUCAGCAUUUGACAGGAUCCAGGCGAAAUUUGGGAUCGUUUUUCUCCUUUGUCAACUGCCAUGACAGAAAAUCACAACUGCCUGAUAAUUGAUAUAUGAUAAUUUCAAUAAUGUGUUCCCCUUUAAAGGCUGCCGAGGAAAUUAAUGGUGCUAGUAUCUUUAGGCUGAUGAAGUCUUCUGUAUUCUUUUUAGUAAAAAUCAAGAGCAAAGUCUACCUUUGUACUUAAUUAAAAGUGCUGCUGUUUUAACCCCUUCAUGCCGGGAUUCUUUUGACUGGGACUGCUGGGCUGUGGUAUGCCCAGUAUGCAACGCCCUGUC